CCUACAUUCCAGUUCCAAUUAAGCCCAACAACACAACACACACUAAUUAUAUACUCCUACUAUUUUGUAGAUAUAGAGAAUGAACGGAGGAGAUUGGAUGUGCAAUGCGUGCCAGCACAUCAACUUCAAGAAACGGGAGGCGUGCCAUCGCUGCGCCUGCCCCAAGUACUCCACGCCGGCGGAGGUGGAGGCCUAUGCGGCGGCGCAGAGAACCCAAGUGAUGGCGGGAGACUGGUAUUGCGGCGCCAUGAACUGCGGCGCUCACAACUACGCCAGCCGAAGCACCUGCUACCACUGCGGUGGCGCCAAGAGCUACUGCGGCUACGCAUACGACGCCGUUCCCGGCUGGAAAACCGGGGACUGGAUUUGCAACCGACUAGAAUGUGCCAUGCACAACUACGCUAGCAGGACCGAAUGCUAUAAAUGCAAGACACCAAGAGAGUGAGGAAUUGAGAGAUUAUACUAGGAGGGAGUUCAAGUGUUUUACACGCGCUCUUAUCUAUUUUUUUUCCUUCUGUACUUUUUUUUUUUUUUUUUUUUUCUUUUAGGAUUUUGUUUUACUCCUUUUUCAGAUUUGAUUUUAUUUGAAAUGAAUGAGCAUCCAUCUCAACCGGUUUGAUGACUUA